AUGCACAGAUUAUUCUGGGUGAUUGCGUUUGUCAUUGCCGUGCUGACUGCUGCUUACUUCAUAUCCAACUUGUUCAGCAAGUGGCGCAACAGUCCUGUCAUCAUGAGCCUUUCACCCAAAGCAACCUCCCUCACUGCCUUUCCCUUCCCUGCCAUCACAAUCUGCAAUAUGAACAAUGCUAAGAAGUCAAUAGCAAAGUCCAUACUGAGAGAGGCAAAGUACAAUGAGCCGAACCUGAGACGCAAGUUGCUUCACGAUGUGUGCAAGUUUGAACAGUACGAUGCUGAUGCUAGUUUAGACAACCACACUGUUGAAUGGAACCACUACCUUAGCUUCAUGGUCAAUGUUUCUCAACCAUGCCGGGAGAUGGUAGCUGCCUGCUUCUGGCACAGUGAACAACGUGAUUGCAAUGAUUUGUUCAACGCUGCUUUGACAGAUGAGGGGAUUUGCUGUACUUUCAACCGAGUGAAGAAAAAUUUCCUCUUUCACAACAACACUGAUUCUUCAGAAUUGAACGUCACCUAUCCGUUCGACUCGGUCGACUGGACACCCGAGCAUGGUUACCCAGACAAUGUGUCUGUAGACGACGUACCUUGGCGACCGUGGGGACCUGGCAGCCAUCUUGGACUGACAAUCGUACUUGACGCUAAUCUCAAAGAGUACUACUGUUCAUCAGAAGUCAGUAUUGGAUUUAAGGUGGUACUACACAAUCCAGUCGAGACGCCAAAAGUGUCUGCGUACGCGUCAGCUUUGCCGACAGGUUACGAGACUCGGAUUAUCUUCAAACCCGACCUCAUGACGGCCACGGAGCAAGUACGAUACAUACCUCAGAGUCAGAGACAGUGUCUCUUCAGCCAAGAGCGGACCUUGCGCUUCUACCGGACAUACACCGAGCACAACUGUGCUCAGGAGUGUGAGGCUAAUGUUACGCUAGAGUUCUGCAAAUGUGUUCAGUUCUACAUGCCGAAGGAUUCAAAGACCCGAAUAUGUGGCCGGCAGGAUGCGGAAUGUGCUGAUAGUGCAAGAAAGGUGAUGGAGCAAAGAUUGAUAGACGACCGGGCCAACAUAUCUUCGUUUCUACUGAACAUGGCAAACGUGACGAACCGUGAAGCCUGCGGAUGUCUACCGGGUUGUUACGCUCUGAGCUUUGAGAAGACACAGUCCAACAGUCAACUGGCGGAGAAACUUGACAUAAGACACGACUAUCUAGCUGGCCAUGACUCCAAGUACUUUCAGACGAAUAUGGCAGUACUCCAUGUAUUUGUGGUAGAUACCCAGUUCACAGCAAAACAAAGAGGAGAGCUUUUUGGAUUCACUGAAUUUUUGUCCAACACCGGAGGUCUCCUCGGACUAUUCAUUGGAUUUAGUUUCCUCAGCGCAACCGAGGCCAUAUACUUUCUCACUCUACGGAUAUGGUGUUCCAAAAAACGUAGAAAACUGCCUGAAAUACCUCGAAUAAAAACCCAAGCAGUGGCUCCAUUCCCAUUUAUAAAUUAG